AUGAAUAGCUCGCAGUACAACUACGCUUUGCAUAUCCUACGAGCAAACCUUUGGUCUUCAAGUCAAUGGGAACAUGUUCGGAUGCUUUUGUUGGCAACCACUUUUUUAUUUGUUUUUUGCACGACAGAGGUUUUUUAUGGCAGGUGGAAAAGCAUAUCAAUUAUUUUACCAAAACCUGCUAUUUUACUCUUAUUUGGGGUAACAUUUGGUUACCUUUCAACAGCCUUGCAAUGUGAGAUGACUUUCUUUAAUGAAUUUUUCUUUUUUGGCGUCCUGUUCCCACCACUAGCAAUCAAUGCAGCACUGGAGUUCAAACCUAUUGUUAAAAAUGGCAUUCUUCCCUCCACAGUUGUAUUCGGCCUUUUGGGAUCAUUCUUUACUUUCUCGCUCACUGCUUUAAGUCUAUGGGCAGUAUAUGCCUUGGGUGUCAUGGGAAUGCAGGAAUACACCAUCAAGCCCAUUGCAUUUAUUUUGUUCUCCAGCCUCAUAUGUUCGACGGAUCUUGCUAUUGUUUUCGGCUUGUUUGGGAAACUUAAAGUCCAUCCCUUUCUUUACCUCAUUUUUGUUGGUGAGUCGUUAAUCAACGACGGAGUUUCACUGAGUUUGUUCACAAUGACAAAUAACGCGGCGAGUUCUCACUUAAAUUGCGUCGAAAAAUUGGGAGUAUUGCCAUGGUUUCUGCUGAUGAUUCUAUCAUUUUCUUUGCAGUUGUGCAUUUCGGCUAUCAUUGGGCUUCUUUUUGGCUUUUUGUCCAGCAUUGUUACUAGAUGGACAAAGCACGAGACAACCCUGGAACCUGUGAUUGUAUUUUGCCUCUGCUAUACCGGUUACAUAAUUACCUACAUUUACUCCUGGCCAAGCACCUUUUAUCUCAUAUUUUUUUGUACAAUAUUGUCCUCUUUCACCUUUCGUAAUGUAUCCCACAAAUCCGUCAUCACGAUCCGUCACUUUGCUCAAAUGACUAGUGCAAUUGCUGACUCGCUAAUCUUCCUGUAUGUCGGUUUUUCAAUAGCGGCUCAUGAACUUGUUUGGCAAACAGGUUUCAUUGCCUGGACUUUACUUUUCUGUAUCUUCUGGCGUUUCGUCUUCACUUUCAUGGCCUCUUUCCUUACCAACUACUUCUUUUGGACUCGUCAAAGGAUAACUGUUGGAAUGAUGUUUUUCAUCUCUUACGGCGGAUUCAAAGGAAGCGUGGCCCACGCACUGGUCGAAAUCGUUUCACCUCAAACCGCCAACGCUAUAGGCAUUCCACUACCGAUUGUUCGAUGCACAGUAGUUUUUAUUAACCUCUUCUAUGUGAUCUUCAUUGGACUGACGAUGGCACCGUUACUGCGAAUCUAUAAGCUUCUUUCGUCGGAGACUGCACGGCUGAGUCUCUUUGAAACUCUUAAUGAUCGUGUUAUGCUCUCGGCUUGCAACGCCAUGGCAGAUGUGGUGGGGCAUCAUCACAGUGCACUUCGGACGACAAUGGUAAAAUUCUACAAAAGGCACCUGCGCCCCCUUCUGCUGCGUGCCCCGAACGAGCACGACGAGAUCACCGACGUGUAUGCGGACAUCGCAUUGGCCCUCCACCAUGCUAGCGUGGCCAAAGACCGUCACUCUGUCCACUUUCAUCUUCGCCGAUUGCGUCCACAGCUCAAGAAGGCUUUUUACUUCCAGCAACGGCAGCAGGGCGUGCUCAGACCUCUUCAUCAUGUAUCCUUGCAUCACAUCGAUCUCAUCUCCGACCCCACUGACAUGAGUUUCACAGGCCAGUUGGAGAAUCCUUCCCUCCACCCGCUAUCACAGCAACGACAGUCUUUCGAGACUUUGGGAGAUGCGCCUUCGUCUGAGGGCGUCGUAACAGCAGAGGUUGAGGGUUCGGAGGAGGAAGGAACCGCCGAGGAGGUUUUCUAUGAUGUCAAAUGUGAAGGGGCGCCAGCUACCGAAACAGUUUUACCCAAGGGGUCAAAUUCUAAAGGACAUGGCAAGCAAAGGAAAAAGUCCUGUUGUAGAUGUGAUUUAUCCCUAGAUUCAUCGGAUUCCGAUACGACUUCGGUGGACGUGGCGGGAGGUGACGUUGGCCCUUCCGCUAAUGCGAUUAGGCGUGACGAAGAGGGCCUUUUUCGUCAACUCCUCUCCCGUCACAACCAACACACUUACGCCUUCGACGAGAGCGCCUUCGCUGAACUCGUCCAGCAGUCCAUUCAGAGCAAACAUCGCGCUCUAAAGUUUCAUCAUAAUCACAGGAUUUAG